AUGAAGGCAGGCGUUUUUCCACUGAAUCCAAAAUCUAUAGAUCGGUCACGUAUUUUACAAAAUAAUACUUCUAUUACUACUUCAUUUUCAACUAUUGAUAUUAGAAAUGAUCAAACAGAUGAUUCAUCUUCAUCCAUCAACUUUGAUACAUUGAAUAACAAUACUGAUGCUAAUAGCUAUCGUCCGAUGAAUAAUACUAUAUGUUCUUCUCAACCUGUCUUUUCUUCUCUUACUUUUUCUCAAGAUGCUAUUUCUGCUCUUGAUCAAGUUUUACAAGAGACAAUAUCAAAUAAUAGUACCAAUAAUGAUGAUAAUGACGAAGACGAAGAUUAUAUUCCACAUCGAUCUACUUCUGCUUCGUCAAUUAUGAUUUCAUCUACGAAAAACGAAGAAUAUUUAAAAAAUACAUCACUAACUAUUAAACAUAAUCAAUCAAAUUCAUCACAACGAGAUACUAAGCGCAAAGAAAUACCAUCAAAAGUAGUUAUCAUCGAAGCAUCCAAUGAAGAUGGUAAUUCCAACAGUUGUAUUGUUUCUAUUGUAAAAAUGAUCCUUCUAGAUAACGUUUUAAAAAAUAUAUCAUCUGAAAAAUCACUUCGAGCGAUACAAGAAUAUCAAACGAAUAAUAUAUCGAAAAUCAAACAUCAACAAUCAAUUCUACCCGGACAAGCCAAUAAACGUAAAAAAGGAGGAUAA